UUGAACGUGUUGAAAUUGCAGCUUUUCUUUUUCGAAAAACGACUUAAUCGUGCAGCAUAGUUGUGUAUCACAACUAGGCCUACUUGCGCAAGUUAUCAAGGCUGAGACCACAAUCGAGCUGUUCAAUUAUAUAGGUUUUACUGACACCAAUAACGAUUUUAUGACAACUAAUCUUUUGUCUAAAUUACAAUCUUUGUAGAUGUGGUUGUAGUUAUUAGCUGGCUAAUAACAAGAAGCUGUGAGUGUGGUUGUAGUUAUUAGCCUAACUGGCUAAUAACAAGAAGCUUUGAGUGAGAUCUAGUAGCAGCUAACGUUACAGUUUAGCUGCUACACAGCAAUUUUACAUCAGUGGGAGGGGCAGAAUUGCUCUUUCUUUUCAAUAUAACUUAAGUUGCACAUGAUUUCCAAUCGGUUUAGUUUGUUAAAAAACAUCUUACAUUAUGAUACAGGAAAUUGCUGUCUUUAAAGGAGAAGAUGCCAGACUUUUGUGCAGCCUACGGAUGCUCCAAUCGCUGGAGUCCCAAAACGAGAAAGGGAUCACUUUUCACCUGUUUCCCAAAACUGAAAAGAUGAGGAGGCAGUGGGAACUUGCCCUAAGAAGGGACGGUUUUGUUGCCUCUGACAGGACACCGCUCUGCAGUGAGCACUUCAGGAGUGAGGACUUUGACAGAACGGGGCAGAAUGUCCGGCUUAAAGAUGGUGCUGUGCCAACCAUUUUCAACUUUCCAGCUCAUCUUCAAAGGCUGGUAGCAACAAGAAGCACAACCACCUCUAGAAGAGCGGAAGACAACCUGCCAAUGGACUUGUCUCACAAUGCACCUCGACCUGAUGUUGGAGCCACUGGAGAGAGGAGUUUGAGCUGCAAGCGGCAGGCCACUGACCACUUGUAUGCAUUGCCUGCUUGCCUAUAAAGGCCAAACUUGAAGAAGCCUCAGCGAGAGUGAGGAAACUGCAGCGGGAGAAGAGUAAUGCCU